AUAAGGACAAGGGUUUGUCCCUAACACGGGACUUGUGGGAGGGUUGUAUUGGGCUGGCUGGCUGUUUCAGUAGGAUUGACAGACAGACGGGGAGAGAGAGAGAGAGAGUGUGUGGGCUGGCACCUCCUCAAUAAGGAGAGAGACCAGGGCUAGAACUUGCCACUUAGUGACAUCCAACUCCAGUUUGAGACGCGAGGAAGUUUCCUUUAGCGAGUGAUUGGUCCACAACUCGACUUUUUUGAUUGUUUUUGCUGCGACUUAAACAUACAUUGAAAGUGUAAAAAGAGGCAGUGAGACUGACUGACUGACUGACUGAUUGGCUCCUGUGCACAUUAGUUCAUUUCAAACCACUUGUGCUCUGUGUGGAGAGAGAGAGAGAGCUUAAAGGUGCGUGGAAUGGUUCCUAACUUUGUUCCUGCAACUUUUGUGAAGAAUAUUUAUACCAUUCUGUGCCGUGGUGACAGAGCGGUGGACUGCAAACCAAACCCUGGACUUCAGUUCUGAGGUGAAGUGGACCAGACGAGUGGUGCGGUGUGAUGGGCCAGUGGCGCCCUCUGGUGCACGAGACAUCUCAGUGAGAAGCCAAGAGGAAACUGCCAUCCUUCCUCUCAACCGUGCGUUAUCAGCCAAAACCGCCACAGACAUGGGUCUGGUCAACACCUUGCCUCUCAACGACAUCAUCAUUAGACAUUACAACUUUUCGGGGAAGUUGGAGAGGAGGAUGGAGGGCAGUUUCGUCAACGUCAAGGUGGUGAUCAUUCUGUUGUCCUGCCUGUUGAUCGUCAUUGAGAACAUGAUGGUCCUCGUCGCCAUUUGGAAGAACAAGAAGUUUCACACUCGCAUGUAUUACUUCAUUGGGAACUUGGCUCUGUCUGAUCUGCUGGCUGGGGUGGCCUAUGUGGUCAACAUCUUCCUGUCGGGCAAAAACACUCUUCACUUGACUCCCAAUCUAUGGUUCGUUCGAGAAGGCAGCUUGUUUAUGGCCUUGUGUGCCUCCACCUUCAGCUUGUUGGCUAUCGCCAUCGAGAGGCACAUGACUAUGGUCAAGAUGAGGCCCUACGAUGCCAAGAGACAAUACCGGCUCUUCCUGUUGCUGGGUGCCUGCUGGAUAGUGUCCGUCAUCCUGGGAAUCCUCCCCAUCAUCGGGUGGAACUGUAUCGGCAGCCUCCACACCUGCUCCACCGUCCUACCUCUGUACUCUAAAAGCUACCUGACCUUUUGCAUCACCAUCCUCACCAUCAUCCUGUUUGCCAUAGUCAUCCUGUACGUGCGUAUCUACAGGCUAGUCAACGACAGCAGCCGCAAGGUGACGUCACGGAAGAAGGUCAAGAGCAGCCACUCGGAGAGAGCCAUGGCACUGCUGAGGACGGUGGUGAUAGUCCUUGGGGUCUUCAUAGCCUGUUGGGCUCCGCUCUUCAUUUUCCUGAUGCUCGACGUCGCCUGCAGCCCCCAGCAGUGCAAGUUGCUGUACUACGCGGAGUGGUGCGUGGCUCUAGCCGUGCUGAACUCCGCCAUCAACCCCAUCAUCUACACCCUGUCCAGCAAGGAGAUGCGAGCGGCUUUCUUCAAGCUGCUCUGCUGUUGCCUGGGGGGCACCGCGGCCAGCAAUUUCCCCCUGGCCCCCACCGUGGAGAACAGCCGCAGCAAAUCCAGCGGCAGCCAUGCCAACAAGCUGCGGGACGAAAUCGACUCGCCUGCAAUCCUCAUCCCCUGUAAACUGGUCAAACCCCAUGACUUCCCCACGCAGAAAGGGAAUCUUUGAAUCGCCUUGAGGUGGGGGGAGGAGUGGGGGAAGGGAGAGGGGGUGCUUUUAUUUUAACACAGACUCUGUGCAAAGAAGGACCAAUGUGCCUCGUGAGACUAUAUUGUACCGAUGUAGCGUUGGGCUGUGUUCGAGGAACAUUGACUGUAAAACCCAGCUGAGCCGUACACACUGCCGUGUGCUGGAGUGGGAACUGAGCGGAAGCUGGAGGUGAAAAGGUUGUUCGGCGAUCAAGCUCAUCUCUAACUUCCCCCCCACCCAUCACACCCCUCCUCGCCCGGGAGUUGAUUUAAUUUAAGAAACCAAUAAUUUAAUCGUCGCGUUUGAUACAUGAUACAAUGAUAAAGCUCAGCGUCGUUUCACAGGAUGUACUGUAAAGUGCAGCAAUUGUGUUAUUCUGUAGUCCGAUUCCGAACCUUGGGGUAGAAGAGGUUUUCCUAAAACCUGUUAGAAAAUGUUCUUCGCUAUUUUAAUAUAACAUGCCCUGCCCCCACCCUGGCCUCCCCGCCCCUAUAAUUGCCGGUUUAAUCUGAACUAAUAUUUCCCCCCACACGCAUCUGUUUUAAAAUCUGUUUCUUUCGCUUUUUAAAUGCUCGUCUAAUUUCCCCUUCGAAAGGCAGCACGUUCCCCGUUUGAAAUUACAACGGGCUCCUAACUUCCUUUGCGUUCUCUCAACCUGGGGAAACGCUUCAGUUUUUUAAUGUAGUCGCACCUCACUGAGGUUUCCUUUCUGGGAACGGUAUGGUGACUGUGUAGCUCUCUUAAGACGAAGCUUCUCUCUCGUAGCUCAGCCGCUUUGGAACUCCAUCCCACGUUCCCUUCGCCUCAUCCCCUCCCUUGCUUGUUUCAAGGCACAUCUCAAGACCCUCCUCUUCGACCGUGCUUUGGCCAUCCUCUUACCUCUUACCCUCCCUGUCUUCAACCCCUUCCUUACUCCAACCCUCUCCCCCCCCUCCCCC